CGAUAUACAACAUUUAAUUCUGAAAUAAAUUGUAUGUUAUGUUCUGUUUAAAAUGCAAUGCGACAUUUUGAUUUAAAUUAAGAUGAGAAGGAGUUUACACGGUCACACAUGACUUGUUAUCAAAUCCGCGAAAUUUUACAGUGUAUAUUAUAAUGAUUCAAUAUAUCCAUAUAUUUUACAAUUAGGAAACUAAGAAAUUGUUUAAAAUAUAUUUGGAUAUCGAGUAAAUAUAAAAAUCAACUGCAUUAGAAUAGACAUAUUCAAACCUUGCUGGUAUAUACAGUUCACACCUGUCACUUAUGUUUCAACUUUAACACAGGAAGUAGAUAAAAAAGUAAUGGAGGAUAUAUCCUUAUUUGUGUCUCGUGCCAUGGACAAUAUUGGGUAUGGUUCAAAUAUGGUCAACUUAAGGAGAAAACUCUGGCAGAAGUACGCUCUUCAAGAGAACAAGAUGAAAUACCACAAGUCUGGCAGACAUCUUAUAAUAGCCGGAAGUAAGGCAGAGGGCGUCAGUGCGGUCUACGAAAGCGACAUUGAUCAUAUGUAUGUUCUUACAGAUGUCGUCUGCGUCCAGGAUGCAGACGACCAUUCUACAAGCGAUGUAACGUGUUUCCAACGAGACGACAGAAACGCUCCUCCAGGGUACACCCAACUUAAACUUAUAAAUUUUAAACGAGGAAGAAACUCAAAGAUAAUUCACAAAGCUUUGUUUGAAGACUCGGACAACAAUAAAUAUAUCUCAAGUGCGUGUUUUAUGGAAGAACAGCGGAAUGAGAUCAAGAAGAGACAAAGCUUGCUCCCUCAACAAAAUGCAGUUUCUUAUGGUAAAACUUCAGGGCCUGCUCUCCCGUUAUCUACAGGCGAUUUAAAGGCUGAUAUUGUAACAGGAUUUGUUUGCCAACACCCGAAUGAACUUAAAGCAUGGCUUAAACGACACCACGACUAUGGAUGGCCAAAUUCUGGCGUCAUUGAAAAUAUCCGAGUAUCUUCGGAGAACUGUGAAUUAGUACCUAUAGGUUGCCGUGACAAUGAGUCAAACUUCAAAGAAUGGCGUUUGUGCUUUAUAAACACAGAAGUUAAGCUUGUGCAAAGCUUUAAUUCUACACAAAUUAAACAUUAUGUACUUUUGAAGCUAAUUGCAAAGGAUAUCCUUAAGACUGUAAGUGACGAAAUUACUUCCUUUAUUAUGAAAAAUGUAUGUUUUUGGUUGGCUGAGAUACUUCCUUAUACGGUGUUCAGAGAACAGAAAUUGCUGGAGAUAGUUUUAUUUUCUCUAACUUUUCUCAAAUACUGUUUAUCAAAAUGGAAUUUUCUCCCGUAUUAUAUUAUUCCUGAUAGAAACCUUUUCUAUGGAAAAUUUUCAUUUGGGAAAAGGCAGAAGAUUGUAGGCUUGCUGGAGAAGCUAGAUAAAGAAGGGCCACAACUCUUACUGCGAUGUGCUAAACUUCGUAUUGCGAUGCUUGUGUUGUACAAAGCACCUGAUCAAUUAUGUGUCUACAGCAAGAAUAGGGACGAGGUAGAAAUUCUUAAACUGCGUCAUAUAAUUGCAGCCAUUGCGAGAGAAUACGGUGUCAAAAACGACGAUGUUUGCGAUAAAUUAAGAUGCAAAAUGGCGGAUAUUGUAUUUCCGGACUGGAAGUUAAUGAGUCACGAGGGUAUUGCUGUAAACGAUACAAUAAUCGAACGAGUAUAUCAAAUGUUAUCAUAGGAUCAGAGAUCACAUUAUUGCGUGUAUCUUGUAAUCUGUUCAACUUAAUCUGAAUAAAACAUUUUUAUCUUACAUGUUACACUUGUUUGUCUGCUAGGUUGCCCAUAAAAAUAGAUGUUUAACGUUAUUAUUUGUUUUUUUGG